AUGAAUGCUGAGCUUGUGUCGAGCUCGUGGAACCAACAGGCAUCGUCCCGUCACGUCUGGAGGCAGGUUUUUCGGGGCGCCUACCCCCGUCGCCCUGCGAGCUCUACCGCCUCUAAGAAGAAACGGUCCGUUGGAUUGGGCAAGUCUCUUCCCAACCAAGACUGGAAAAAGAUGUUCCUGGUGCGACAGGCUUUGGAGCACCGCUGGAAGGAGGGCAAGGCUGCUGCGAUCUAUCUCCAUGGCCAUCAGGAUAGUGUCUACUGCGCCCAGUUUGAUGAGAAUAAAAUUAUCACUGGCUCUCGCGACCGCACCAUUCGCGUGUGGGAUGCCCACUAUCCGUGGCCGUGUUUGAAGAUCAUCGGUCCGCCACCAAGUGAUUCGCCUGGAACUGGACCGGUGAAUAACCCUGUACAGCAGGCAUCGGGCAAGUCUCCUUUUCUGACCAUCUGCCCUCCGUCAACUCCGUCGGCGGGCAUCGUCACACCUAUGGAUGAGUCUUCGAACUACCACAGUGCAUCGAUUUUGUGCCUGCAGUUCGAUGAGGAGAUCAUGGUUACCGGGUCGUCGGACCACACUUGCAUUGUGUGGGACAUCAAGGAUGACUAUCGUCCCAUCCGCCGUCUCACCGGUCAUCGGGCCGGUGUAUUGGAUGUCUGCUUUGACGAUCGUUACAUUGUCUCCUGCUCCAAAGACAGCAGCAUCUGCGUAUGGGACCGCAACACGGGCACACUCCUCCAACAACUUGUGGGUCACGUCGGUCCCGUGAACGCAGUGCAACUACGGGGCGAUCUCAUUGUGUCGGCCAGCGGCGACGGCGUGUCCAAGCUUUGGAACAUCACUUCGGGCCACUGCGUCAAGGAGUUCUCCACCAAGGGAGGCCAUGGUCUGGCAUGUGUCGAGUUCAGCGAGGAUGGUCGGACCAUCUUGACCGGCGGCAAUGGCAAGCGCAUCUACCAGUUCGACGCCAACACCGGCGAGCUGGUGAAAGAGCUCAAGGGCCACACGGACCUGAUCCGAUCUCUGCAUCUGGACAGUAUGAACAAGCGUAUUGUCAGCGGCAGCUACGAUAUGAGUGUUAAGGUGUUUGAAACUGAGACCGGCGAACUGUCCAUCGACCUGCCGGGAUGGACUACCAGCUGGAUGCUGAGCGUCCAGUCCGACUACCGCCGGGUCGUCGCCACCAGUCAGGAUUCUCGGGCUGUCAUCAUGGACUUUGGCUAUGGGCUGGAUGGGAUUGAUUUGUUAGAGGAGUGA